CCCUCUUUCCCCGCCCUAUCCUGUUCCCUAGCAGAGCCCCUGGAGCUGGGCGGGAAGAAGAGAAGUCGCCCAAGUUAACGUUUUUUUCUCACGGGUGGGGAAAAAAACAAACACAUCGAUCAGCAGUAAAGAGUAACGUGGCUGGAACUACCUUUUGGUGGCUAUUUCUUUUUUGCAAAGGCGAUUCCGACGCGCUUACUCUAGAGUAACUCCUUCGCAAAGGGAUAAGAUAUAAGACGAAAUAAAAGAUGAUGGAAAUGUCAAAUGAAACUAAGCCCACAUCAACACCUCCAGAAUAUUCAGGCCCAGCUUAUUCACUUCCACAGGUUCAAUAUCCUCAGUAUGGAGCAGCCAUUCCAGUUCUAGCAAAUCCACCUCCACCCAUCAUCUGGAUGCCCCCACAACCUCAGAUCCCCAAGUGCCCUCGUGGAUUGGAAUAUUUCAGUCAGCUUGAUCAGAUAACAGUUGAACAGCAGAUUGAGCUCAUGGAAAUGAUAAGUGGCUUUGAAACGUGUAAUAAGUAUGAAGUAAAAAAUGCCAUGGGGCAUUGGAUAUAUUUUGCUGCUGAAGAAAAUGAUGACUUCAACCUGAAUUGUUAUGGCCCUUUGAGAUCGUUUACCAUAAAACUCUUUGACAGUACAAACCAACCAGUAAUGCAAUUGUCAAGAGAGUUCCAUUGCUCCAGUUGCUGCUGUCCUUGUAUUUGUUGCCUGCAAGAGCUUGAAGUUCAGGCACCUCUAGGCAACAUCAUUGGGUAUGUGAAACAAAACUGGCAUCCAUGCCUACCAAAAUUUACUAUCCAGAAUGAGGCCAGAGAAAAUGUUCUUAAAAUUACUUCACCUUGUGUGGCUUGCCAAUGCUAUCAGGAUGUUAAUUUUGAGGUGAAAACUGUAGAUGGGAAAUCUACAAUUGGAAACAUAGUAAAAAAAUGGACUGGUUUAGCAAGAGAGGUUGCUACAGAUGCAAGCAUUUUUCAAAUUCACUUUCCAAUGGAUCUUGAUAUUAAUAUGAAAGCAGUCAUAAUGGGGGCCUCUUUUCUUAUGGAUUUCAUGUUUUUUGAAAAUGCUGGAAACAGAGGGAACAAUCGUAACAGAAGCAACAAUUAAUAUACAAAGAGGUAGACGUAGACGUAGACGUUAACUGAAACCAAGACUUUAAGAGUCUCAUGACACUGAAUUAAGCUUGCAGGAAGAAUUUUUUCUUUCUAAAGUUGCUUAUUUCAAUAUUUACAAUCAUACCUUUAACUAUUAUACCAUAUAUGCCAGAAUAUUCCAUAUAACUCAAAACAUUUGUCAAAUAUUGAUAUACAAUAUAUUGAUAUCCCUGUAUAAUAACAAAGGUAUAAUUUAUAAAUUCAGCUAAUUUUCAAU